AUGAAGAAGCUAUUAUAUAAUCAACAAAACGUUAAUUGGUGUGAUUUUGAUAUUAUGAAAGAUGAACAAUUAUCAUUUUGGGAAUGUGAAUUUUUAAAUGAAAGUGAAAAUUGGAUAAAAAGCUUAGCAGCACGAUACAAAUUAUGCAGCAUCCCAUUGGAAGCUAAAAAUAUUCCUUUGGGACAAAAAAGAAAAAGAGGCCGUGUUGCUAAAGCUAAAAAAGCAUUAAUUGUGCAAUAG